AUGGUCAACAAUUCGAACUCGCAUAUGGUAGAGCACUGUUCACAUGGUUACAAUUCUCAAUGGAUGACACUUGUCCAGCCCGAAACUCCACUGUCGUCUAUCCUUGAUCGCAGUGUUCAUAACAAUCCUUUCACCGGCGUUGACGCAUCGCUAAAAACACCACAUCCUGUAGUCGUGGAUAAUCCGGUGGAGGCGUAUUCGCAGUAUAAGCUAGAAACCAGGCGACAGGGCAUCAUGAAUAAAGUAAAUCUACAUGGAGAUAGUGUCGCCUUCAAGCACAUGGUUGAGCUAUUGGAAAAGUUGGAAUUCAAAGACACGUUUGACAAUGAAGCUCAAGUGUUCCCCAGUCCAGCUGUGAAACUUCCUUGGAUUAGUCCACACACUUCCAAACUUCUCAACAAUCCACAAGCACAGACGUAA